AGGAUGGGCGACUGGAACUUUCUGGGAGGGAUUCUGGAGGAGGUUCACAUCCACUCCACCAUGGUGGGGAAGAUCUGGCUCACCAUCCUCUUCAUCUUCCGCAUGCUGGUGCUGGGCGUAGCGGCUGAGGACGUGUGGAAUGACGAGCAGUCUGACUUCAUCUGUAACACGGAGCAGCCCGGCUGCCGUAACGUCUGCUACGACCGCGCAUUCCCUGUCUCGCUUAUCCGCUACUGGGUGCUGCAGGUCAUCUUCGUGUCCUCGCCCUCACUCGUCUACAUGGGCCACGCAAUCUAUCAGCUGCGCGCCUUGGAGAAGGAGCGUCACUGCAAGCGAGUGGCUCUGCGGCGCGAGCUGGAGCUGGCCGAGGCCUCAGAGCUUGGGCCCGUACAUCGGCGACGGGUGGAGCGGGAGCUGAGGCAGCUGGAGCAGGGGAAGCUGAACAAGGCUCCACUCCGGGGCCCGCUGCUGCGCACAUACCUGGCGCACGUGGUGACCCGCUCCGUGGUGGAGGUGGGCUUCAUGACAGGCCAGUACCUGCUGUACGGGCCCAAGCUCCAGCCUCUGUACAAGUGCGAGCGGGAGCCGUGUCCCAACGUGGUGGACUGCUUCGUCUCGAGGCCCACAGAGAAGAGUGUCUUCAUGGUGUUCAUGCAGGGCAUCGCCGCUGCCUCACUGCUCCUCAGCCUGCUGGAGAUCCUGCACCUGGCCUACAAGAAGCUGAGGAAGGGUCUUCUGGACUACUGUCCCCCGCUGAGGGAUGAGGAAGGACCUGAGAGGAACUCACAGGGCCGUAAAGCCACCAUCCCGACAGCGCUACUGGAGAAGCAGGGCAACGGACCGGCCGCACUCAUGAACCCCUCAUCUGUGUUCGUGCCCAUCCAGGUCCUGCAGAACAAGGACACCGCUCCCGGUCUGCUGGAGCACAACAGCAAUUCCAACAAUAACCCCUGCAGCCAGACUGGAUCCCCCGUGGCGGCGGACGGGACCGGCUCGGACAGCGCAGACUCCGAGCCCAGUUCCGGCUCACGGAGGCACGGAUCCACUGGGAACCCUUCCUUCUCACCCAACAGACAACGAGCAUCACUAACUAGUGGCAGCAGACGAGCCGCUAGUGACCUGCAGAUCUGA